GACACAAGAUUUAAGAUACUUUAUUUGUGCAUUAUUAUUUUAAAUAAUUUAUAGAUAAGCAAAAUAAACUACCAUCGUCUUACACAACUUAUCUACAAUGAAUUGGUAUUGUAAAAAUUUAAAUUUAUUCAUAAGUUGUAUUUGGUGGGAUAGAAUAGGUUCGCUGAAGUUCAUCAUAUGUUAGAAACGAAAACUGGGGAUGGAUUAUACACUGGAAAAAGUAAAAAACGAUAAAGAUAAUGAAGGAAAAACGGAUCAGUUAAAACAUAAAGCUGACUUUGAAGAAGCUGUGGUAGCUACCGGAUUUGGAAAGUUUAACAUUUACUUGUUAAUGCUACUAAUUCCAUCUUCAUUUGCACAAGCAUUUGAGCAGAUGGGAUUGUCUUAUGCAGUACCAAUAGCAGAAUGUGAUCUUAAUUUGACAUUGGAACGAAAGGGACUUCUAACCGCAGUCUCUUUUGGAGGUAUGAUUACUAGCGGCAUAUUUAUGGGAAUUCUCUCUGAUAUAUUUGGUAGAAGAAAACUAAUCUUAUGGGGAUAUUUUUUAAACGGACUUGCUAACAUUGUAGCAGCAAUGUCACAAAACUUUUUAAUGUUAAUGAUAGCAAAAUUUUUUUGUGGACUUAUAUUUAAUGGUCCAUUCUCUGCUAGUACUACCCUUCUCACGGAAUAUCAUGCUUCACAAUACAGGUCAAAAGUACAACUAUUCAGGGGUGUUACAUUUGCGCUUGGAUUUUUCAUACUGCCACUUGUUGCUUGGGCUAUUUUACCGCUCCAUAUUGAGUACGAAAUGUUUGGAUUUAUAAAAAUACAUUCCUGGAAUAUAUUUAUCUUAUGUAGUUCCAUGGGAACAUUCUUGUCUGCUAUUGGAUUUUGGUUUAUACCUGAGAGUCCAAAGUAUUUGAUGGCUUACGGCAAGAACACAGAAGCACUUGCGGUUUUUCAAAAGGUAUAUAGAUGGAACACUGGCAAAACAAAUAAAGACUAUCCGAUAAAGGCGCUUAAGGAAGAGUUGGAAGCUACGAUUAGAGGAACCCAAAAACGGAGGGCAUCCGUCCAAAUAGCUGUUAAUAAAUUUUUUGUUCAUUUGAAGCCUUUAUUUAAACCUCCUGUUGUCUUUCAUCUGAUUUUAGCAUGUACUAUGUCAUAUAUGGUUAUGAUGAGCGGGGGUAUGCUGAAGUAUUGGCUUCCACAGAUUCUACAGUAUUCUAAUAGUAACGAAUUUUCAAAUAACUCAACUACAUUUAGCGUUUGCAAUAUGAUCAAUACUUUAGCUAAACCCAAAAUAGAAUCUUCAGAAGUAUGUCGUGUGGUUAUUAAAACAUCAGUCUACAAAAAUGCCUUAAUAAUAGCAGGACCUGAGGUUUUAAUAUUUGCUCUUUCAGGGUUAGUUGUCAGUUAUUUCGGCAAAAAAAAGUUAAUUGCAAUACUUUGUAUUAUAUCAUCGGCAUCAGCUAUUGGUUUGUACUUUGCUCCAAAUUCGACAUUAAUGAUUACUCUCUUCGGAAUAUACAUACCAUUUGUAGAUUUAGCAGCAAUCUUUGGUAUCACUAUUACUUUGGAAGUGUUUGCUACUCAUUUCAGAACCUUAGCUGUAUCGUUUCAUUUAAUGUCAGCCAGAUUGGGAUCCAUAACAGCAAAUAUGUUGUUUUCUUCGCUUGUUGCCACUGGAUGUAUCACACCAUUCGCUGUUUGCUGCAUAUUAACAGCAACAAUAUCUUUCUUAACUUUUCUAUAUCCCAAUACCGAAAAUAGAGACCUGGAGUAGGACGGAGGUCAACCAAUAAUAGAGAGAUAGAUUGUCUUCAAAGUUUCAGGGAUAGGAAUAGUUCCACUAUUUAUUGUAAAUAUUUAUUGUAAAUAUAGUAAAUUGUAAUUUUUUUAUAAUUUUAAAUUAGAUAUUUAAGUUGUUAUUUCUUAUUCAUAUGACUAAAUUAAUAUUUUUGUAAAUAAAUAUAGUUUUGUUCGUGUUU